AUAAAGUUCUUUGUACAAUUUUGUAUUAUCUGCAAUAAAGUGUUUCAAUAAGUAGUUAUACCUAUUAUAAUAUAUACCUACUACCAGCAUAAAUCAAUGAUUCUGUGCUGAUGAUGAUUGAAGUCAGUGAAUUUUAUGAAACUGCUUAAAUACUUGCUGCUCUUUCAGCAAUUUUUGAAUCGAGAUCACCCCGCUUUUCGGAUGGCAUACUUACAAAGAAAUUAUUAAGGAAGAACAAGCAGGUUUACCGUAGAGAAUCGGAUAAGGCUAAAACCGAUGGUAAAGGGGAUAGUAAGCUUCCUUACUGCACCGAUAUGGAAAAAGCGAAGGAUGGUCCAACCGAUGUCAAAUUGCCUUACUGCACUGACUCAGAUAAAGCGAAGGAUGGUCCAACCAAUGUCAAAUUGCCUUACUGCACUGACUCAGAUAAAGCGAAGGAUGGUCCAACCGAUGUCAAAUUGCCUUACUGCACUGACUCAGAUAAAGCCCAGGAUGGUCCAACCAAUGUGAAAUUGCCUUACUGCACUGACUCAGAUAAAGCGAAGGAUGGUCCAACCAAUGUCAAAUUGCCUUACUGCACUGACUCAGAUAAAGCGAAGGAUGGUCCAACCAAUGUCAAAUUGCCUUACUGCACUGACUCAGAUAAAGCGAAGGAUGGUCCAACCAAUGUCAAAUUGCCUUACUGCACUGACUCAGAUAAAGCCCAGGAUGGUCCAACCAAUGUCAAAUUGCCUUACUGCACUGACUCAGAUAAAGCCCAGGAUGGUCCAACCAAUGUCAAAUUGCCUUACUGCACUGACUCAGAUAAAGCGAAGGAUGGUCCAACCAAUGUCAAAUUGCCUUACUGCACUGACUCAGAUAAAGCCCAGGAUGGUCCAACCAAUGUCAAAUUGCCUUACUGCACUGACUCAGAUAAAGCGAAGGAUGGUCCAACCAAUGUCAAAUUGCCUUACUGCACUGACUCAGAUAAAGCCCAGGAUGGUCCAACCAAUGUCAAAUUGCCUUACUGCACUGACUCAGAUAAAGCCCAGGAUGGUCCAACCAAUGUCAAAUUGCCUUACUGCACUGACUCAGAUAAAGCGAAGGAUGGUCCAACCAAUGUCAAAUUGCCUUACUGCACUGACUCAGAUAAAGCGAAGGAUGGUCCAACCAAUGUCAAAUUGCCUUACUGCACUGACUCAGAUAAAGCGAAGGAUGGUCCAACCAAUGUCAAAUUGCCUUACUGCACUGACUCAGAUAAAGCGAAGGAUAGUCCAAGCGAUGCCAAAUUGCCUGACUCAGAUAAAGAUAAUAAUGAAGUCCCGACGACGUCAAAACCUAAGAUUAAACCGGACAAACCAGCGAAAACCGAUGCGGAAAGUAAGCUACCAGACGGUACUGAAGGUGCACCAGAGUCAGAGGGUGUUGGUCAAGAAGAAGAUAAAGACCCUGAUAUUGAUAAUAAUGAAGUCCCGACGACGUCAAAACCUAAGAUUAAACCGGACAAACCAGCUAAACCCUAUAAGCUACCAUCCUGUUCGGAAGUAGAUCAAGCGAAAACCGAUGCGGAAAGUAAGCUACCAGACGGUACUGAAGGUGCACCAGAGUCAGAGGGUGUUGGUCAAGAAGAAGAUAAAGACCCUGAUAUUGAUAAUAAUGAAGUCUCGACGGCGUCAAAACCUAAGAUUAAACCGGACAAACCAGUGGAAGUUUUCUGGCGCCUCGGAGUGGUGCCCUAUUACUUGAACCCCAAUACUUAUGACGCGCUGGUUUCCCGCCGAGUGAAGAGUGUGAUGAACUACCUGGAGUCGACGACUUGCGUCAAGUUCAGUGAGCUGGCGGGCGAGCCCGACGAGGCCAUAUCCUGGCUGAACUUCGACAACCCUGACCGAGCCCGCAAGUGUGUGUACCAACCCGAUGUCAAGUACAGCGGCGAGAUUCUUCUAGUUCUCGGGUUUGACUGCCUGAAGUGGCGCCAGAUCCUGCAAACAAUCCUCCGUGGUCUGGGCCUGCGUUUCGAGGUCUCCCACCCGAGGCGAGACGACUAUGUCAGGAUCAUCUGGGACAACAUACAGCCAGAAUACCGAGAGUUGUUCCGCAUAGACCACGCGGGCAAGGACCGCCCUCAAUACGCGAUGGAUUACGACCCGCUCAGCGUCCUGCACUUCCACGACCGAGCCUUCAGCCGCAACGGACAAGCCACCAUCAUGCCGCUGGUACCAGAACUUCAAAUAAGACCUUCGGAGAUGCUGUCUCAAAUGGACAUGGCCAAGAUCGAGCUCAUCUUCCACCGGGAGUGCAACCGCCGGAGUGUGGGCGAGAUCGUGGACACGUGCCAGACACAGGAGUAGUUGCAAUAGAUAGUAGUAUGAGUAAAUGUUUCCUUGAUUGUACCUGGUGGAGAUCAUGGAAUGAAAUAAACUGUGCUUGAAAUAUGGUUGAAAUUGAAUUUGAU